AUGGAGGAGAAGAAGAAGAAGAAGAAGAAGAAGAAGAAGAAGAAGGUGGAUGAUAAUGGGGGUUCGGGGGUGCAGUCAGUGUUAGUUAUUGGCGUGGAGGAUGAGGCAGAUCUGGACGAGGCGACAGCAGUUGGUGCAGCCCUGAUUCUGCAGUUGGUCCGGAGAUGUCCAACAAGUCCAAAUGACGCCUCGAAUGUCCGUAGACAUCGUGGACACGUAGGAGGCGGUUGGGCGUUGGCGUUGCCAGGUGAGCACAGUUGGAAUUUGUAAGCCCCGCUUUGGCUUUCGCGGCGGCGAUGCGGUUUGCUUCGUAGACCACUGCUCCUGUCUUUAAUGUCCUCCUGAGGGUCGGUCAGUCUCGGACGAGGUCUUCCUAGUUUGCUAGGUUGAUCUGCAGAAGCUUUAGGGAUGUCUUCAGAGUGUCCUUGUAUCGACAGAUUUGGCUUCCUUGGAGGCGGGGACCCGUGGGGACGUCUCCAUUGAAGAGUCGUUUGGGUAGCCGUUCGUCUUCCAUCCGCACGAGAUGGCUGCUCCAACGCAGUUUCAGCUGUCUCAGCAUGGCAAAGAUGCCGAGGAUUCCCGUCCACUUCAGUAAGUCUGUGUCGGUGAUCCGGUCCUGCCACCUCAGCUUCAGUACCCGUGGAAGACAGCUGAUGUGGAAAUGAUUGAGUCCCCGCGCCUACUUCUAGUACAUCACCCAAGUCCUCGCUCCAUACAGCAGCAUCGGCAGGAGGACCGCCUUGUACGUCUUCAGUUUGGUGUCGAGUUGGAGACUGUGCCGAUUCCAAACUGUGCUUUGCAGACAACCGAAGGUUUGGCUGGCUUUGGAGGUCCGGUGGGCCACUUCAUCCUCUACUUUGGUGUUGGGGGAGAGGGUGUUGCCUAG